UCUUGAUUUUAUAAGUGAUUCAUUUACAAUUGUUUUUAUCUUUGUAAAAAAAACUGAAAACUUAAAAAAUAAAAGGAAUUAUUUAAAAUAUUUCCAGAAAAAAUAAAAAAAGACUGUUUGUUUAUAAUAAUGGCCAAAAAUACCUCCAGCUCUGCAUUCCGUAAAAUCGAUGUUGAUCAAUAUAAUGAAGACAAUUUCAGAGAAGACGAAGCCGAAUCCGCUGUGGCACAACUCGAUGAAAAUGAAAUUACCACUUUGCUAACACAGGGCAAAUAUAUAGAGGCUUUGCUUUUGGUUUUACAAAAUGCUCCCCUAAGAUGUAAACAGCAGCAUGUCAAGGACCACGCCCUUAAUUUAACUUUAAGGGUUUUACUUUCUAUCAAAUCCUCACAGAUGGAUCAGGCUGUUGAGACCUUAAAUGAAAAUGAUCUAUUAGAUGUUUUAAUGAAAUACAUCUAUCGCGGCUUUGAGAUUCCUUCGGAGGGUUCGAGUGGCCAUUUGCUGCAGUGGCAUGAAAAAGCCUUUGCCAAGGGUGGUGUUGGCUGUAUUGUACGUGUACUAUCGGAUACUAAUCGUGCAUAAAGAACUUGCCAAAGAACGAUCGAUAGUUAAAGUGGAAUUGUUAAUGUAAUUGUAAUUUAAAAAAAUGUUUAUGCAUAUUUUUUGUCUUGUCAUAAUUGUAUGAUUUUUUGUAUGUAAACAAAAGUUGCUGUAUAACCUACUUGCAUCCCCAUGAACAGAGCACGCAUGUUUCCGCAUGUGGCUAUGUAAAUUGUAGGCGAUUUUCGGACUUAAAAAGUAUUAAAUGUGUUUGUUCUUUUUUAUUUUUAAA